UCGUCAUGUACAAGUUCACUAUAUUCUUGAUUUUAUUGGCUGUAUCUCAGGCACAAAGUCGUAUUAUUGGCGAUUUUGUCGAAAGCGUGAACGGUAGAGUCCAAGAGGUCGUGAAUGAAGUCAAAAAUGUCUUGGAUGAAUCUAGGAACGUUGUCAGCGAAUACGACGGAGUACUAGGUGGAGUCGAGGGCGGACUCCGUGGAGUCGUUAACAGAUUCGUGGGUGGAGUCAUAGAAGGACUUGAUGAAGUCGAGGACGGACUCGGUGGAGCCGUGAAAGGAGUCCUGGGCCUUGUCGGCGAAGUCGUGGAUGGAGUCACAAAAGGACUCGAUGGAGUCAUAAAAAGACUCGGUGGAGUCAUAAAAAGACUCGGUGGAGUCGUGAGCGCAGUCGGCGGAUUCGUGGGUAAAGUCAUAAAAAGACUGGAUGAAGUCGUUGGGGGAGUCGUGAAACCAAUUCUGGGCGCAGUCGGCCGAUUCGUGGAUGCAGUCAUAAACGCAUUCGGUGCAAUCUUGAACCCAAUUCUGGGCGUAGUCGGCCUAGACUUGGGUGGAGUCAUAGACGCACUCGGUGUAAUCUUGAACCCAAUCCUGGGCGCAGUCAGCAGAGUCGUGGAUGGAGUCACAAAAGCACUCGAUGCAGUCAUAAAAAGACUCGGUGAAAUUUUGAAACCAAUCCUGGACGCAGUCGGCGGAGUCGUGAGUGAAGUCAUAAUAGGAGUCGGUUUAAUCCGGGACACAGUCAACACGUUCGUGGGUGGAGUCAUAAACGUACUCCGUUCAGCCCUGGGCAAAGAAUCAUUUAUAUUUAGGCAAUAUGAAAAACAGUUGACAAACUUCACAAUUUCCUCGUUAAAUUAAUGAAAGUGCUGAAGGAAUUGGUGAAAUGGUAUUUUUAACAACAGCCAAAACAAUAUUAUUAUUAUUCAUUUACUUUAAGUUGGCAAAACAUAAGUUGGCAACACAUUCUUACACAAUUUGAUGUACGCAACGCACCGGAAUUGAAUAAACGAAUGAUACAUCAACAAUCAA